GUAAGCAGCAACGAUUUCUGUCCUCUGCUCAGGAAUACACAGAUAUUAAUAUUAUCUCGGGGCAAGACUGACUGAUUGGCUGAUUGAAUAACUGACCAUCAAGAUGGGAGAUUGGGGGUUCUUAUCAUCCUUGCUGAACAAGGUCCAGGCCCACUCUACAGUCAUCGGAAAGAUCUGGAUGAGUGUCCUGUUCUUGUUCCGGAUCAUGGUUUUGGGGGCUGGCGCCGAAAGCGUCUGGGGCGACGAGCAGUCGGGCUUCAUAUGUAACACCCAGCAACCUGGUUGCGAGAACGUCUGCUAUGACUGGACCUUCCCCAUCUCGCACAUCCGCUUCUGGGUGUUGCAGAUCAUCUUUGUCGCCACGCCAACCCUGGUGUACCUGGGCCACGCCAUGCACGUCAUCCACGAAGAAAACAAGCUCAGAGAGCAGCUGACUAAACCCAGCUGCAACCAACUCAAACAUCCCAAGUACACCAAUGAUAGGGGCAAGGUAAUAAUCAAGGGGAACCUACUGGGGAGCUACAUGACCCAGCUAGUCGCCAAGAUCAUCAUUGAGGCUGCCUUCAUCAUGGGUCAGUACUACCUCUACGGUUUCAUCAUGGUCCCCAUGUUCCCUUGCUCCAAGAAGCCCUGUCCCUUCACCGUGGAGUGCUACAUGUCUCGUCCCACAGAGAAGACCAUCUUCAUCAUCUUCAUGCUGGUGGUGGCCUGUGUCUCCUUGCUCCUCAAUGUCAUUGAGGUCGUCUACUUGCUCUACAAACGAGUCAGAUGUGGGUCCCGCCAGCGUACUCACAAAAUCACCUCAGCGCUGAACCCCGCCAGCCUGUCUGCUCCCUUGUGGCCCAGUACAGACGACGCACUGCUUCAAAACAAGAUUAACUUGGAGAUGGAAAGCAACCAGAGUCUUGGAGGAAGCCUGGAGGGCGCAAAGGAGGGGAGAAAGCUGCUGGGUGGCCAUUAGAAAUCAUUGUUGUGACAUUGAUAAAGCAAAAUAAAAAAACAUUUUAAAUCCCGUUUUGAAGUUUUUCUCAUGGCCAUUUGCUGACUCAGGUCUAAAUCUCUAUGUGCCAGUCACCUGUGCAAUGUCAAAAUGCUGAGAAAAGUGUUUUACAAGUGAUGUUUUUUUUUUUUUGUAUAGAUGUUUGAAUUUGGAAAUUUAUUUUAAGGCCUUUCCAUUUGAAAUUGAACUCUGUUGUUAAUUUAGCAGUGUAAAAUAGGUAUACUAUUUAUUUUCCUAUGUAUAUUAACACGCAUUUGUAAAUUCAUGUAAGACAUCUUGCAGUGGCAGGAUAAAGAGCAAAAUAUUUCUCUUUGCUUAUACUGUACAUGUUUUGCUUCACAGUAAAAAAAAGAAAGAAAAAAAGUUGAGUUUCUCAGUUAUUGCUAAUGACCAUUUAUUAUGUUAUAACAAUACUGAUCACUUUUAUAGGCUUUGGGGAGAAGAACUGUUUGUUUCGUGAUGAAUGAUGAAAAUAAAUGUUGUUUCCUUUGUUUGCUUUUACAUAUGCUGUUUUGAAAGAAUAAAUAAAGUCUAUG